UCGGCGAUCGUCAGUUGGCAUUGCCGCUACCUUCUCAGGUUAGUCCGUUGCUGGAGCGCUCGAGCGGUAACAACUUUGUAACAGUCGUCGGGAAGAAGUUUUGAAAUUAAUCAACCAAAAUGAGGGAAAUUGUUCAUCUGCAGGCAGGCCAGUGUGGAAACCAGAUCGGAGCAAAGUUCUGGGAGGUGAUAAGUGACGAGCAUGGUAUCGACCCGUCCGGGACGUACCAUGGGGACAGCGACCUGCAGCUGGAGCGGAUCAACGUCUAUUACAACGAAGCUACAGGAGGAAAGUAUGUCCCCCGUGCAGUGCUGGUGGACUUGGAGCCAGGCACGAUGGACUCUGUGAGGUCUGGUCCCUUUGGACAAGUCUUCAGACCAGACAACUUUGUCUUUGGCCAGAGCGGAGCGGGUAAUAACUGGGCCAAAGGCCACUACACUGAGGGAGCCGAGCUGGUGGACUCGGUCCUGGAUGUGGUGAGGAAGGAGGCAGAGAGCUGCGACUGCCUCCAGGGCUUCCAGCUCACACACUCCCUCGGAGGAGGCACCGGCUCCGGCAUGGGAACGCUGCUCAUCAGCAAAAUCCGAGAGGAGUAUCCAGACCGCAUCAUGAACACUUUCAGCGUGGUGCCUUCUCCCAAGGUGUCGGACACGGUGGUGGAGCCAUACAAUGCCACCCUCUCUGUCCACCAGCUGGUGGAGAACACAGAUGAGACCUACUGCAUUGAUAAUGAGGCCCUGUAUGACAUCUGCUUCCGCACGCUGAAGCUGACCACGCCCACCUACGGUGACCUCAACCACCUCGUCUCAGCCACCAUGAGCGGGGUGACCACCUGCCUGCGCUUCCCCGGCCAGCUCAACGCUGAUUUGAGGAAGCUGGCCGUCAACAUGGUGCCCUUCCCCAGGCUGCACUUCUUCAUGCCAGGCUUUGCGCCCCUGACCAGCCGCGGCAGCCAGCAGUACAGGGCACUGACCGUUCCUGAACUCACCCAGCAGAUGUUCGAUGCCAAGAACAUGAUGGCAGCCUGCGACCCACGUCAUGGGCGCUACCUCACAGUCGCCGCGAUCUUCAGAGGGCGCAUGUCCAUGAAGGAGGUGGACGAGCAGAUGCUGAAUGUGCAGAACAAGAACAGCAGCUACUUCGUCGAAUGGAUCCCCAACAACGUCAAGACAGCUGUGUGCGACAUCCCUCCCCGUGGCCUGAAGAUGGCCGCCACCUUCAUCGGCAACAGCACGGCCAUUCAGGAGCUGUUCAAGCGCAUCUCGGAGCAGUUCACUGCUAUGUUCCGUCGCAAGGCCUUCCUCCACUGGUACACAGGCGAGGGCAUGGAUGAGAUGGAGUUCACUGAGGCGGAGAGCAACAUGAACGACCUGGUGUCCGAGUACCAGCAGUACCAGGACGCCACUGCCGAGGAGGAGGGCGAGUUUGAAGAGGAGGGUGAAGAGGACAUGGCCUAGACACCUACCAUGACCUUUUCUUACUAUGCAUCAGUUCAGACUCGGUGACACGGUUCAAAUCAAUGUCACAUUAUUGAUAAUUGGCUUAAAUUAAAUUAUUUGGACAAGAAUAAAAAACAAAACAAAACAUGAUAGUUAUGUUCGCACUGAAUUACAAUUGAUAUUUCACUGUUAUCAAAUUAUUACACUGAAUUCUUGUCCCUCGUUUUUACAUGUCGUCUGUUCUGUUUUCACACCUGUCUUUGCUGUUGGAGGUUCUCUUCUCCAUUCAUGUUUAUUUUCUAUAUAAAUGUUUUAAAUCUG